AUGGCCACCGUCGUCGUCCAGCAACAACCAUCCAUCCGACAGCCAACUCCUCCGCCUCUCCCCGCAACGCUCGCAUUGAACCAGCCUCGACAAUCCACCCCGGUACCUAAUAAGCAUCUACCCUACUGUCCUCCAGGACCGGUUCCCUCACAGGCUCAAAUCACUCCUCCAAACUCCCCUCCCUUGAGACAAGUUGCGUCGAAGCCGACUUCGCUCCUCCAUCCUCCCCAUAACUAUCCAAAGCUAUGCAAUUCCCCGCCCAUCUAUGGUAUCAAUGCCUCGGGCCUCGCCGAAGCUCUUGAGCACUACUCCUCUCAACCCCUGCCGAACCCAUCGUCGGUAUUCCCUUGGCUGCAUGGGCUCCAUCCCGAAAACCACAUCCAACUGGCUUUCUUUGUGGCAAGAAAGAAGUCCUUGCGCAGGAUCCCAAGGUGCUUCCGAGGCAUAACCAUUAUUAAAGCCGGUGGAGACCUCACUCGGUCGCGGAUCAAAGGUGCCGUGGCCCCCGAUGAGAUCCUCAACCUGUCGGACGGGAAUGGUCAUGGGUUUCUGGAAUGCGAUCCUCGAGAAGGCUUUUCGGUCCGCAAUUUUCACAUCCAAGCUGCCAAAAUGGCCCUGGUCUCCGACAUCGUCAUAUAUGGCGACGAAGACACCGAUCAUCGUAUCAUCAAGUCUGUCGCCGAGCGGACUGCCUCUGUGCAGAGGAGAUGGCGAAAGGAGUUGGAGAACAUGGGACAAUGUCCCGAGACUUACCAUACCUUCGUGCUGACCCAGCCGUUCGAAGACCUUGAACACGAGUAUCCCGAGUUGGUGGCCAUCGAUUCGAAGGGACAGUAUGCAGAUCGCACCCUCGACUUUGUGCAACAGGAGAGGCGGGAGAUGUGCGCCAUGUCCAAGGCUUCGGAGAUUAGCCAAGGCGUCUUUCAAGGCCCAACUCCUGGAUCUUACACCGACCCCCCUUCCACAAUCGAUGAUCCAACCUAUGAUCUUUAUGUGGAGGCUAGCGAUCAUGCAUCACUUCCAGACGAUAAAUUGCUGGCUGCGAAGUUGAAAAAGCUAGAGUGUCGUGAUGACGAUGAUCCUGUGCACCUCGCAUUUCCAAGUUCUGGUAGUAUUCUGCCGCCAUCUUGGUCCCAAUCUGAAGUGACCGGAAUACUCCGCAUGUGUCGAUGGUUGUAUAGCUUAACACAUGGCACCGAGCCCGCCGACGGCACCACGGACAAGGAUGGUGAUAUCCAAAUGACAGAAUUCAGGCGUCGGCCCCGUCGGGUCUUACUGCAUUGUGCUGAUGGGUAUACCGAGACCUCCAUGCUGGCUGUGGCGUAUUUCAUGUACGUUGAAGGUGUUCCUGUUCACGAGGCUUGGAUCCGUCUACACUGUGAGAAGCAGCGGAAUUUCUUCGCGUAUCCGUCCGAUGUGGCGCUCUUGAAUGCGAUCCAGGAUCGAUUGUUGGAAGAAAGUCCCAAAUUCGUCGACGCAAAGCCUCCGUCGACAUCGGCUCCAUCUUGGUUAUCGAAAUUUGAUGGGAGUCUCCCCAGCCGCAUCCUGCCCUACAUGUACUUGGGAAAUCUCAAUCAUGCGAACAACCCAGAGUUGCUUCGAGUGUUGGGUAUUCGGCGCAUCCUCAGUGUUGGGGAGCCGGUGUCAUGGUCCGAGAUGGAGAUGCAAACCUGGGGUCGGGAAAACCUACUCAUGGUAGACCGGGUUCAGGACAAUGGAAUUGACGAACUCACACUUGAGAUGGAGCGAUGUUUGGCGUUUAUUGGAAGAGGUCGUUCGGAUGGUACCGCGACGUUGGUGCAUUGUCGAGUGGGAGUCAGUAGAUCUGCCACCAUUUGUAUCGCAGAAGUUAUGGCUCGUCUAGGGCUGAGCUUUCCAAGAGCAUAUUGUUUUGUGCGUGCACGACGACUCAAUGUCAUUAUUCAACCACAUCUGAAAUUUGUAUAUGAGCUGAUGAAGUGGGACGAACAACAGCAAGAGAAGAGGGGGGAGCCGGUGAAGAGAGAGCUCGAGUGGGCGACCGUGGCCCGAGAAAUCGCAGCGAUGAACAGGCCGUAUGCCAGGAAUUGA